AUGGCGGUCGCAACAAAUUCUCCCACCCCUUCAAUCGCCACAGACACCCAAGAGUCUCCCAACACAACAAGCAAAGAAUGUACCAUCUCAAGCUACCGUCGCAACUCAGAACCCUCCAACCAACCUCUAUACACACACGAAACACGCGAGCAAAUGCCCUCCGGUCCCACCUCCCCGACUCUAAACCUCCUAACAACGCUCCCCCUCGAAAUCAUCUACAGAAUCCUUUCCCACAUGCAGCCAGAAGACUACGCAGGUCUGGCAAUAACUUGCCACUUCGCUCUAAAACUCACAAACAAUCAAGUGCAAUUGGAGCAUGAAAUACCUGUUGGGCUAUAUUUCACUCCUCAUACCCCGGAUAUUUACUUGUCUGAGCAAAUCAGUUUGGCGAGAGUCUUUCCCGCGAUACGUGAGCUCGAGUGGGAAUUGCAACAACCAGUUUGUUCGCUUGGGGAGGAUUUUGUUACCGAGGAUGGAGCGGUGGAUGAUGAUGAUGAUGAUGAUGAUGAUGAUGAUGAUGGAAAAUUCUCCUUCUUUCAGAGCUUCAAGAUGUCAUCGUGA